AUGGAGCCGACACGGAGCUGCGCCAGAGGCAUUCCCGCCACUGUGAGGGGACCGACUAGCACAGAGGAUACUUUACUACAUGCUAGACUAUUACAAACUCUAGAAUCUGUUGGCGACUUCACCAGAAACUACAUCGAGAGUGUCAUCAGGACCAGGAGUCUUCCUCUCAUUGCAGCAUUGUUGGAAAAGUUCGAGACGAAUCGCGGGAGUUACAACUUCAAUGAAGAAGACAGGACGCAAAUGGUUGGCCUGAACGAUGCAAAAGUGAAUGAAGCACUGCUCGCACUCGAACAAAGAAAAAACAGAAACUGACAAUCAAGACGCGUAAAAGCCCUUUACGCCGCAGCACGUGGUGGGGAGACAAGGAUUGGAGUCGUGAUCCUUUGAGAUAUCUCUUACAGGUAUAGAGAUUUAUUUACAAGUUAUUCUACGCAUUGCAUAUAUUUUUUGACAGCUGAAGCUCGGCACUCGACUCUGCGUCAUUGACAUCAAUGCUGUGCUCGCCCUGGAUUUUAUAUCAGGACAACUAGUAAGUAAAUCAUCGUGCUGAAUCGUAAUAUGCGCACGCUUACUGGAGCACUAAAAAGGCCUAACAAUUAUUGGUAGGAUAUCGCAAGGUGAGGAGAAAGACCGCACCUAUUUAAGGCAGCCCUGUCGUCCUUUGGGAAGCAGGCUUCUAGUUGUCUAUGCUAAACCUUAUUACUAUUUUUUGAACACAAAUAUUAGUGAAGCAAAAAACUUGAUCGUACUCAUGACAAAAUGGUUGAUCGUAGUGUACCUGUAGGGAGAGUCAGGCAAGACGCUUAUUCACGACGUGGUGUCCUUCCAACUUGGAUCAACACGUUCAGGCACGGACAUGAAGCAACGGUGAGUGUGUAUUCAAGCACUGGCGGCGUAGGCCACCGAAUGCUCCUGAUCUGCAGUCCUUGUAACAUCUUCAAAUCUGAAAGAAGUUUUGAGAGCAGUUACUGC